AUGGCUGAUCAGAGGAGGCGUCUCUGCCUGGAGGCGAUACAACGCAGAAGCUCAUCCGCUCCACCAUCUGUGGACUCCACUCCUGAUGACACUCCAUCUGCUGAUGAUGAUACUCCAUCUGCUGAUGCCACUACUCCAUCAGCGGAUGCCACCACUCCAUCAGCGGAUGCCACCACUCCAUCAGCGGAUGCCACCACUCCAUCAGCUGAUGCCACAACUCCAUCAGCUGAUGCCACAACUCGAUCUGUGAACUCAACUCCAUUGUUUGCUGAUUGUCAUCCAUCCAACAUGGCCGCUUGUGGUGAUGUGAGAGGCUCUCUGGUCCCUGCAUCCACGCCUCUAGCUGUUGCGACCAUGAACGAAUAUUUUCCUCCCUCGAUGUAUGGGCAGCGUCGUCAAGGUAUUUACAAACUUUGA